AUGGAACCAAAUAAUGAUUUCAAUGAUUCACCAACUUCCCCCUUCGCCAGGAAUUGGUCUCCAUUCUAUGUCAAGUUUCGAAGCGAGCAAUAUCCAAUGAAAUAUGAAGUCGAGAACAAACGUGUGAGUAUUAAAAACACGUUUUUCAAUGACUUGGGCUUGCACAGUACCCCUGGUGAAGCGUAUAUACUUGAUGAUUGUUUCCGACUCCCUUUACAGUUGUUCCUUCGAUGGUUGCAAGAAGACCAUAUGGAUGCAAUAUUGUGCAAGGUUAUGACAGAGCACAUACCCUUGUUCAACGAUACUUGGGCAAUUGCCGUCGUACACUUGUGUCUACUUUGCGAGAAUUGGGGCUUUCCCCUUGCUUUCAAUGCAGCAAUGGAUCAUUUAAUACAUCUACGAGACUUUUCAUUUAUGGUCCCGAAGCAAAUCGAGGCCAUCUACAAGACUACCUACGCUGGAUCGGGUUUGCGACGAUUGAUCGCGGAUGUUCUCUCGAUUGGACAGUAUCAAGAUCAAAUGAAGCAUUUAGGGUUACUCGAAGAUUCGAUUGCAGGGGAAGUGUUUGAGGAGCUUUUGGAUGAUAUGAGGACACGUGAACUUCCCGAACCAUCGUUGUUUGAUUCUGAUGGCACUGUUAGAAAUGGAGAGGGCAAAGCGUUCAUCAUGGUUUCCAGUCCUUUUACUGUCUGUUUUGCGGAUGCAGCGCGAGUUCUGAAAUUGAAGAACGGUCUAUGGUUCCAAGAGGUUUUGAAGCUUUGA